AUGUCGUGUGCCGUAUACAUUACACUUCUUUUUGGACUUGUCCUCGUUAUCCGUUGUUUUGCCUUUGUGCUCAGGGGCAUGGGAGGGUAGUUAAUUUAUCCCGUUGUGGCGAUCCCGCCAUAUGCCAUUCAGUAGUGAACUUUCUUUGCGGUUUCGGGUCUUGUGGCGGCUGAUCAGACGAGCAGAAUAGUCCCCAUUCUCUUAGAAGGUGUAAGCCGUCCUCCGGUUCUUCUAUAACAUGGUUCUUGUUGUUCCUCCAAACAAGACAUUUUAUGGUUGCGGGGGGGUCUUCGUGACUGAGACAAAUUCCCUCCGUCGGCUCAUUGUGAGAGCUGAUAAAUCCGCGAAAAGUUGCACUGCUUGGAACGGCUCUGGAAGUGAUGUGAGUUUGCGCAUGGCAGCCAGCAGUGUGUCCUUUGAUUUGUAGUAGUGGAAUCUGACCACGACAUCGCGCGGGGUAUUCACUGUGAAACGUUGCGGCCUAGGGAGACGAUGCGCUCUGUCCAUGAGCCAGUCCGCAGCUUCAAUUGCCGGCAACAUGGCUUGGCACAGGUCUUUGAUGUAUUCGGGCAGUGCCUCAUGCGUGACGCCGUCAGGGAUGCCUCUAAACCUGACAUUGUUGCGUCUGGAACAAUCUUCCAUAUCUGCAAGUUUUCUUUUCAUUUGUGUUUGUUCCUCACUGAGGGCUUGCAUCUUUGCCUCCAUGUCAUUAUGUGCGAUGCAUAUUUCCUCAGUGCGCACCUCUGGGCGAUCUGUCCUGUCUCCCAGCUCUGACAGUUCCUGCUUCCCUUCUGUUGUCAUUUUCUGAAAGUCUGUGUUUAAGGUGGCCCUCAGGUCCUGCAGCAUUGUAUAUAUCCUUUUUUCGGUGUAGUGGCCUGAGGGAGCCUCCGUGUCAGGCAGAUCUUCCGAGAGAGGGGCAGGCACCAUGCCGUCGUCGCCAUCUUGGCUGGACCGGAGUCGGCCUUUUUUGGCAGAUCUAAUUUGAUCCAUGAACUUCAUUUGUUUAGAGGGCGCCAUGAGGGUGACUGAUGUUCAGCCGAGCUCUUUGGGGUCGUUUUCAGGAGGAUUGUGCUGGCUAUCUGUAGCUUUCGGGUCUGGGAGCUCCUACUCCAUGCGCCCUUCUCGUUCAGCCACUAGCCACGCCCCCCUUGUGUUCCUUUUUUAUUCAACAAUUUGUUGUAUUAGUCUUUUUAUAUUAGCACAAUACAUACUGUUGUUUGUACUAACAGUAAUUUCUUCCUGCUUUACGAGUUUCAAUGAGAAAAGCCAUCAACGUCAAUUUUAAUUCAUGCCUAUAUCCAUCUACCCACCUACUGACUGAUCCAUCUAUCAUUCCAUCCAUCCAUCCAUCCAUUCGUCAAUUUAUCCAUCCUUUCAUCCACUCACCCACUGACCCAUCCAUCCUGCUAUCCUUUCAUCCACUUACCCACUGACCUAUCCAUCUACCAAUCCAUUCAUACAACCAUUCUUUUACACAAGCUCUAAUUGUCUCCAGCAUGACAGGUACCAAAAGCAGGAAAUUCUGCUCGUCUCUCAGUCAAUAGUGUCAGUCUAUGUUUGCACAAUUAUUGAUACAAACACAGUAAAAUGUACAUACAUUGAUGCCAAUAUGUACAAUUAGGAUUCCUAAACAUUAAGGGUGGUGAUUAAACAAGACUAGUAAUUAAACUCGUUCUCGUUGUUUUGAAUCCAAGAUGCCUAUCAUAUUAUUGCCCAAAAUUAUAGUCUCAUGUAGUAUUCCAUAGGGAUGUGAUAUCAUGUUGCAAAAAUACACUUUGGAAAACCUCACCCUACCCUGCAGCUAUACUUACAAGCCUGGAAGUAAAAGGUCUAAUAAAAGUCAAUUAAUAACACUCGUGCAACGUUCCUAUUGGCUAAGCUAUAGGUGAGAGAUCUUGCUCAACUGUUUGGGACUGGCCCUGUAUUUUGUAUAAAAGCAGCAUAUUUCGGGUUAUCUGCUAUAGGCAGCGCAUCGUACACCUUAUUCUUACUCACAGAUUGAAUCUAGAAGCCACUAUGUCAUCCAAAGGUGGACAGAAGUCUGACCAGUGCAAAGAUCGUAAGUACUUAUUCAGGACAUAGAUCAUUGACUUUAUUUUAAAAACAUUUAAAGCAAUUUGCAAAUCGCUGCAGCCAUUUGAGAAGUAACAAUACAAUACUCUAUCUAAAUUCAUUGUAUGUUAAGAUCUAUUGAUUAUACAGUAAUGUAGAUUUUUUUUUAAAUACAACUGUUUAUUCUCCCACAAUAAAACAAACUAUGUUUAAUAAAUUGUUUUCUAGUAUAUAACUCAUUGAGGUCAGUGUUUUUUUAAUCCAGUAUCACUGAUAACAGAUUGUUUUAAAAACUAAUUUCUUAAAUACGACACAGCUGAGUAUUGGGCUUAUACAGCACAGGUUAUUAAAAAUGGGCUUCGGAAAUGUAAGAAAAUGUGCUAUUGUUUCUUGCGCAAUCACUUUUUACAGAGAUGAUUAUGUUAUAACUGUCCAAAGCAGAGACUACAAUGCCCAGUUUAUUGUCUGUUUCACACAUUUUCAGCAAUAUUUAAUAAUAUUUAAUUAACAACAAAAAAAUAUUUUUAAAAAAUCCAUUAUAUUUUUCUACCAUUGUUUCAGAUAGUUUUUUUUUUCAUUGUUUGUAUAAUAUGAUGUUGUAUUGUUCCAAGGAAUUUUCACCCAACUACUUCGGUGCCUGAUCAGUUAUUCUAUAUUCCAGACCGCAAGGGAUGAGAGAAAUAUUUUCAAGAUUUAUAUCAAAUAUAAUUUUAGCAGUUUUUUUUUUUUUUUUAAGACAGUGUGAAAAUGGAAAUAUUGGUGCAAUUUAUAAAACACAGAAACAAACAUGUACAAGAUAUACACAUUGUAUUUUAAUCAAAAACUUUUUCUUUCCAGCUUGCAAACCAGUUGUCCAGUGCCAAGACCCAUGCCCAGAUCCAUGUGUACCACCACCUCAGUGCAAAGGUAUCAGCAUGUAGGGACUAACAGUCAGCGAGCUUAGAGUUUGGGUUUCAAAUACAGGAUGAACUAAUGAUAUUUAGGUGAAAGAAUGAAAACUGAAUGCCCUGUUUAUCUAUUUCCCUUAACCAAGACAAAUAAAAAAUAAUGACUUUUGUGGAAAUGUAUACAUGUAUGUAUAUAUGUCAGAUUUUUUAUUAAAGAGAAACAUCCAAUAUAAAAGAACAAUGGUACUAUGUAGAAUAUAGCAUACAAUAGCAUCCAUAUGUGUGACAUCAGAAAAGAAGAACAAUAGGGGAAAACAGAGUAGACAAAACGGUUGGAAGGAUAGGGGAAAGAGUAGAGUCUCCAAUGGUCCUAGUCUUCAAGUUAGCCGUUGUAUCUAACCAUUCCAUUCAAAAGAAAAAGGACAGUUUGUCUAUCAAUAAUUGUAAUGAGCCUGGUGGGAGAGUAAUCAAGGUUUGUAAUGUGUUUUUUUUAAGUCACUGUAGAGAAGAUCACCAAAUGUUUAAAAUGUUUAGUAGAUGACUGGGGCCAAAACAGUGUAACUAAAGCACGGUGUAAUCGAGUCUUUAAUUUGCUUUAUGAAGUUGUAGGACACUAAAAUAGUCUGGUAGAUGUUUUCAGAAUGCUGAGAUAAUUGGCCAUGGCUCUUAAAAAUAGAGGAGAGAGAUGUUAGGCAAAUUACAUCAGUAACAAAUGACAGAUGGCCUCAGGCUCAUAAAGAACUGUUAGUAUGGAAAAAAAAAAACAAGCAUAGUGAAGAGUCUUUUGUGAGCUAGCAGUUUUAAAUGGGUUGGGUAAGAGCACGGACAUCCAGAUGGCUGUGGUAGUAUUGUGGUCCAUUAAGAGAUAGCAUAUUUUGAUGAUUCUGGGGAGAUAUUUAAUCUUAAGGCUGAAUAUAGUCUAGAGACAAGGGCUGUGGUGGAAAGUAGAAUAAUAUUGUCUCGUGGAUUUAACCAGUCCAAGAAUUGUAAUAUGAUUGUAAUAUAGGGAGCACAUUUUAUUGACUUACAACAUGUAAAAAUGAGGAGGGGACAGUUUUGUGCCACACAUGAAAUGGAGGUUUUAUGGGUGUUUUCUAUUAUGAAAUUGAGUGUAACCUAAAAUAUUAAUAUAUAGUGUAGAACCAAGACACCAAUUGACCAGUAAUGUUGCCAGGCCACUGAUCAAUAACAGAUGCUUAUCAAAAACACAGUCCUUUUAUUAAUAGAGGGGCCCACGUUAAUACAUUGUUAACAGGCCUAUUCACAAAAAAAGCUCUUAAAAUAAUUUGAAGGCCGUGACUAGGAAAAAUGUAAAAUGUAGAAAGGAAUUUAAAACAUUUUCCUACCACAAUAUAAGUAUGAAUAGAGUUGAAUGAAAAAUAUAUAAUCUCAUGAUUUUACUUACUGGUUUGUAACAGCCUCCUAGCAGGCAAUAUCUAAAAUUAAUUCAUGUCUACAGUUACCCUUCUAUAUUUUAAUAUGUGUGAACGUAAGAAAGCUUAAUACAGUAACUUUCCAUUUAACUGUUUGUUUUUUUAAUUUGAAGUUUUUCCAAAAAAUAAAAUGUAGGCAGAUUAUAUUUUACUGUUGAUAGAUGUGAGAAAAAUAACACGUCCAUUGUAUUGUACAUUUUAAAAAAAAUAGUGAUUGACACUUUGUUUAAUUUGUUCAUCAGACCCAUGCCCACCUGAUCCCUGCCAGCAACAAGGCCAACAGGGACAACAUGGAGGCCACCACGGAGGCCACCAUGGAGGUGGUGGAACCAAGAAGUGA